AUGACGGGGACAGCAGCUGGUUGCUGUGGGGCAGCAAGAAGAAGAGCCACUGCAGUUGCAAGUGCAGUUUCCUGCUUUCCUCAUGUUAUCCAGGCGUCAACUAUGAACAAAUGUCCGCGGUGCAGCUGCGAGGCAACGGGACAGAACCGCCUUGUCACCGAAAGCUGCGGCCACACCAAGUGUCGCCUCUGUCUGGUAGCGGAUGUUUCCGAUUGCUUGGAGUGCCGCGUUGCAAGCCAGGAGAGUGGUGCCCCCGCCGCCCAACCGGAUGCCAAACCGAGGACCGCAGCGGACAAGUGCAUUGUAGUCACGGAUCAGGGCUAUCGCUGCACAGUCUGCAACAAGGAUUUUCGUAGCCGCACCCAGCAGUACUACCACCUAGCUUGCGGCAACGAUCUUCUCAAGAAGUUUAGCUGUAAUGAGUGCAACCGCAGGUUCGCCACCCGUUCCCAUUUGCAGUACCACCUUAGCAGCCAUGAGAACCAAUCGAAGCACUCCUGCAGCGUCUGUCAUAAGCGGUUUAAGCAGCAAGUAGUCCUGAAACGUCACAUGCGCACCCACAACACCGAACUUCAUGUAUGUCCGCACUGCCAGAAGGAGUUUCGACGGGAGAGCUCUCUGAACGACCAUUUGGCCGCGCACUCUGAUCUCGGCCUGCCCUACAAAUGCGAGCUCUGCUCCAAGCAGUUCCAAAACAAGGCCAAUCUGAACCAACACUGCCGGAAGCAUGACAAGAACAGCGUGCGGCACAAGUGCAAGGUUUGCCAAAAGUCCUUCCUGCGUCAGUCCACGCUUCGGCUGCAUAUGAAGCGUCACUCAAAUCGCGAGCGUCUAUCCUGUCCCCUGUGUGGCAGGAGCUACAACGAUGCCGAUGCUUUGGCACGCCACCAGAAGCAACACAUGACUGGUGGCAAGCGAUACCGCUGUGCUCAAUGUGAGAUCACGGUAAACCGGAAGGAUAACAUGCUCCGCCACAUGCGCUCCAUGCAUCCGGGCGUUGCGUUCGAGAACUGUGUGGAGAUAGUAACGCCAAACUCCUGUGCCCCGGAGCCAGCAGUAGUGGAGGAGAGACCAUUGAAGAGUCUAAGGUACAACAGCGUAAUCAAGAGCGUUGGCAAUGUGGAGCCAGUGAUGCUGCCACAGUCGCCGCCACUUCCGCAUCCUGAGAUGCCGCUGGAAAAGCCAGUCGCCAACCCAGUGCCCAUGCCGUUGCCAGACGCCAUGCCCGAGAAGAACGUCCAACUGUAUCGCAAGAUCAUCCUGGACCUGGACAACGAGGAGUACUCGAACGAGCAAAGCCUUGAUGAGGUAGACGACGCCGCCGCGGUACAGAACGCUCAGGAUCUCGGCCUGCAGCAGAGCCAACCAAGAUGCCCGGGCCACGGCGGGAGCUCCAAAUUUAGCGAGAUGCACUGGCGCAAGAAUUUCAAAGCCUCAUACGAAAAGGGGCGCACAAAUUGA